AUUUUUUUCUAUAUGAGGCCUACUAGGGGGUCAACCAAAUUGUUGGGGGUUUGGAGGUGGCCAUGCAAGAUGUUUUGUGAUAAACGAAUGGUGCGCAUAAUAAACAAUUAAACCAAUAUUAUAGCGUGACGCGUCGUUUCAGCAGAUAUGUUUGAAUCAUUUGAGCAAAUAGUUCGAAUCGACAAAGAAAAAGCCUUUCACUCAAAACAUCUUUCUCACAUGCGAUAGGAAUUUUACGUCACAAAUUUGAUCGGAAUGAGAGUGUAGUGCCGCGACGAGGUUAUACUAGAAAUUGGGACAAUGGGCUUAAAUAUUUAUGUACGUUUCAUUUUAUAAUUAUUUCAUUAAAUAAGUACUGUAUAGUUCUACUAUACAAUACCGAUUUCUUCUACAAUAGUUGUCUUGGUGAUUUUGUUGAACUCGUUAAUCGCGAAUGCGGUGCCCUACCCCAUUGCACUAUUUUUGUCUGUACGUUUUAUUUACACGUAUUUCUCUUGUUGCGUGUUUUCUUCGCCAAAUAUUUUGGCUAUCUUUAUAGCAGUUACGUAAUUUCCGAUGUGAGUAAUUCCGGCACCAUGGCCGAUGAUGAAUUAAAUGAAACUCGAUUGUUUUACACAUAGUGGUGUGUGGACAUAUAUACCAUGCUAAGUUAAAGGGAAUUGAUUUUUGACAUUCUUUGCAUAAGGAUAAAAGAAGCUCAAAGCGUACUGAUCAUGUACCGAUAACAUAAUCGGAAAAUGAUUGCUGUAUGGUUGUAAACAAAAUUAAUAUUUAAACAGUGAAAGUGAAUCUAUUUAGAUAUGUCUAGUGGAAAUUAUCUUUUUAAGGAUAGACAUCACAUCAUAAUGUGGUGGUUUGAGAUAUUAUUGAAUAAUAUUAUUAAAAAUGACAGAAGUAGUGUCCAAAAAUUUUGGUAAAGAACAACUUAUGCGAAAAAGAGACAUGUCAGAUUCGUCGCAGCAUCAAUAUAAUCAACCUCCUCCUGAUAUUAUGCCAAAGGGACUUGCAAUCAAUGGCAUAGGAGGAAGGUUACGCCAAUUAGAAUCUCUUUUUAUUGGUGGUCCUGUUCAAGGAGAAGGAAGAAUAGGACACACAUUUUCUAUUGAGACACUUAUUGAUAUUUUACUUGUCUUAUAUGAUGAAUGUUGUAAUUCUUCCUUAAGGCGUGAAAAGACUGUCUCAGAUUUUAUUGAAUUUGUAAAACCAGUGGCUACUUGCAUAAAGAGUUUGCAAUUGGCACGAGAAGAUUUUGAAAUAGUAAAAGUUAUUGGUAGAGGUGCAUUUGGUGAAGUAUGUGUUGUGAGAAUGCGUGGUUCAGAUAAAGUAUUUGCAAUGAAAAUUUUGAAUAAAUGGGAAAUGUUAAAGCGUGCAGAAACUGCAUACUUUAGAGAAGAGAGAGAUGUAUUGGUGUAUGGUGAUCGUAGAUGGAUCACAAAUCUUCAUUAUGCCUUUCAAGAUGACAAUAAUUUGUACUUGGUCAUGGAUUAUUACUGUGGUGGAGAUUUAUUAACACUGUUGAGCAAAUUUGAAGAUCGCCUUCCUGAAGAUAUGGCACGUUUUUAUAUAGCUGAAAUGGUUCUGGCUAUUGGGUCCAUACAUGAUUUACGUUAUGUACACCGUGAUAUUAAACCUGAUAAUGUUUUAUUAGAUGCAAAUGGUCAUAUUAGAUUAGCAGAUUUUGGAUCUUGUUUACGAUUAUUUGAAGAUGGCACUGCACAAAGUAAUGUUGCUGUUGGUACACCAGAUUAUAUUUCCCCAGAAAUCUUAAGGGCAAUGGAAGAUGGACAAGGACAAUAUGGACCUGAAUGUGAUUGGUGGUCUUUAGGAGUAUGUAUGUAUGAAAUGUUAUAUGGAGAAACACCUUUCUAUGCAGAAUCUCUAGUCGAAACUUAUGGAAAAAUUAUGAACCAUAAGAAUUGCUUUGACUUUCCAGCAGAUGAUAUAUAUGAAGUUUCUGAAGAAGCUAAAGAUUUAAUGAGAAAAUUAAUAUGUAGUUCAGAAUUUAGAUUAGGUCAAAAUGGAAUUGACGAUUUUAAGAAACAUCCAUGGUUUGAAGGAGUAAAUUGGGAUACUCUUAGAGACAGUACUGCACCUUAUAUUCCUGAAGUUUCUUCACCAACUGAUACAUCAAAUUUUGAUGUUGAUGAUACAGAUGUCCGUAGUUCUGAUGCUGUUCCACCAGCAGCAAAUUCUGCGUUUUCUGCAUUACAUUUACCAUUCGUUGGUUUUACUUUUACUCAAGGAAGUUGCAUAUCAGAUCUUGGUUGUUUAUCUGCUAUAACUCAAAAGGAUAAACGUAUGCAGAUGCUGGAGGAAGAAAAUGCACAACUAAUACAAACACUUGAUGAUUUAAAAAAACAAAUUAAUAUGAAUCAUUCUUCUCCUGGUAUAUCACCUGAUUCUAAUAAUGCAACAAGAAAACUUCAGGAUGAAAUAAAUACACUUACUAAACGCAACUGUGAAUUGGAAUCACAAUUAAAAUCUAUGGAAAUUCCCCGUGAAUUACGUAAUUUAGAUAACGGUGAUAUAACAAAAUUACGAGAAUUAGAAAAAUUAGUACGUUCUCUUCGAUUAGAAAAAGAAGAAGCUAUUAAAGAUAAAUUAGAUGCACAAGAAAAGCUUAAACUUCAAGAUAAAGAAUUAAAAGAUGCAUUAACACAACGUAAAUUAGCAAUGGCUGAAUAUACUGAAGUUACAGAUAAAUUAUCCGAAUUAAGACAACAAAAACAAAAAUUAUCUAGACAAGUUAGAGAUAAAGAAGAAGAAUUGGAAGUUGUAAUGCAAAAAGUUGAUAGUUUGCGACAUGAUAUUAGAAAAGCUGAAAAGUUACGAAGAGAAUUAGAAAAUCGAGUUGAAGAGGCUAUGGCUGAAACAAGUAAAGAAAGAAAAUUAAGAGAACGUAGUGAAGAAUAUUGUAAGCAAAUGCAAGAAGAAACAGAAAAAAUUAGACAAAGAUCUAUAGGAAAUGAUGCAGGUGCAAAUCAUGCAUUAGCAACGCAAGAGAUUAAUAGGUUAAAAGCAGAAGUUGAGAAACUUGAAGUUCAAUACAAUGAAAAUUUAAAUCAACAGCAAAGUAGGUUCAAUCUUGAAAUUCGUAGUCUUCAAGAACAAUUACAUGAAACUGAAACAAGGAGAGAUUUGCUGGAAAGAGAAGUUCAAUUAACGAAAGAAAAACUAGAUACUGCAAGAUUAGAAAAUAUUACUGAUAGCGAGGAAACUAUAAACGAGUUAAAUAGACGUCAUGAAAGAGAAAAAAUUAUGCUAGUCGAAGAAAAUAAAAAACUUAUGUUAGAACUUAACACUCUUACUGAUAGUGUUAACAGAAUACAAGGUGAAAGACGACAAUUAGAAGAAGAAUAUGAAGAACUAAGAAAUAAAAAGGAAGCUAUUGCACAAUGGGAAGCUCAGAUUACUGAAAUUAUUCAAUGGGUAUCUGAUGAAAAAGAUGCUAGAGGAUACUUGCAGGCAUUAGCUACGAAAAUGACUGAAGAAUUAGAAUUUCUAAAACAUUCUGGUGGUGUGGGUGGUGUAGGAAGUGGAUCUACAAUGGCGGAUAAGAAUUGGCGAAAUCGUAGAUCACAGAAACUUGAUAAAAUGGAACUUUUAAAUUUACAAAGUUCUUUACAAAGCGAAAUACAAGCUAAACAAGCAAUAUCUGAAGAACUUACAAAAACGCGUUCAGAUUUAAUUGCUGCUCAAAAGGAAUUAAGAGAUUUUAGACAACGAUUCGAUACACUCACACAUGAAAUAAAACGUAAAGAAAUGCAAAUAAAAGAAUUACAAGCGAGGCUUGACACAGGCGAUGGCUCUGUCCUAUCCAGCAAAACGUCAAGAAAAUCUCCAAACAUCGUUAGCACCAAAUCCCAACGCAUCAUCGUACAUCAGCCAUCGUCACCCCUACCAGUAAUGCGUGCUCCCCGCGUCACGACAUGUCGCUUAUUAACUAGAUUCGUUCCCGUCAACACAUUCAUCAGUCAGAAUGCCGUCGACAUCAUAUCGCCACCCGUUUUAGAACGUCCUACAUCUCAAAUGUCAUAUUUGGAACAUUUUUUGAAAGAAACCGCAAGCAGUACACGUCAUGGAAGUGCAGAUAGUGUGGAAGGUGAUAUUGAGGAUAAUCGUGCACCAAGUAUUUCCAGUAGUAAAAGCAAUUUAUCUGAACUUAGUAUUGAUCCAACAUCACCAUUAUCCCAUGAGCUUCUCAAUAAAUCAUCAACAUCUCAUGGACAAACCAAUCUUCAACCAAAACCAAAAUCUCAUCAAUUUUUAGUAAGAACAUUUUCAACACCUACAAAAUGUAACCAUUGUACUUCACUGAUGGUAGGUUUAACUAGACAAGGAGUAGUAUGUGAAGUAUGUGGUUUUGCAUGUCAUAUGCCUUGUUGUGAUAAAGUUCCACCAAUGUGCCCAGUACCACAUGAUCAAACAAAACGACCAUUAGGUAUUGAUCCUACACGAGGAAUAGGUACGGCAUACGAAGGAUAUGUUAAAGUGCCAAAAAUGGGUGGAGUAAAAAAGGGUUGGGUUCGUCAAUUCGUGGUGGUUUGCGAUUUUAAAUUAUUUCUUUAUGAUAUUUCACCAGAUCGUAAUGCAUUACCAUCUGUUUACGUGUCUCAAGUUUUGGAUAUGCGUGAUGAAGAAUUUAGCGUUAGUUCUGUUCGAGAUUCAGAUGUCAUACAUGCUACAAAAAAAGAUAUUCCAUGCAUAUUUAGGAUAACAACAUCUCUGCUAGAACCACCUGGUUUAAGAAAUCAUACGUUAAUGCUUGCAGACACUGAAAGUGAAAAAACAAAAUGGGUAGUUGCUUUAAGUGAAUUGCAUAGAAUACUAAAGAAAAAUAAUCUUCCUAAUACAACGAUUUUUAGAGCAAAAGAAUUAUUAGAUAAUACAUUGGCGCUCAUUAAAAAUGUGAUGUCAGGAGCUAUUAUUGAUCCAGAUCGUCUAGUCAUUGGUACAGAAGAAGGUCUCUUCUGUUUAGAUUUAGAUCGUAGCGAAAUUGCAAGAGUAGGGGAAGGCAAGAAAAUAUAUUUACUGGAAUAUGUAACAGAAGAACAAUUAAUAGUAGUUUUAAGUGGAAAACAACGUCAUGUACGGCUGGUUCCAGUACGUGCAUUAGAUGGAGAUGAAGUUGAAUGGAUUAAAGUUGCAGAAACUAAAGGAUGCAUAACUUUAACGACAGGCAUAGUCCGUCGAAGUCCAUUAACUUAUUGUUUGUGUGUUGCCAUAAAGAAACAGAAUACAUCACAAAUCAUUAUUUAUGAAAUUACACGUACGAAAACACGUCAUAAACGUAUACGUGAAUUGAUGUUAUCAUGUCACGCACAAACUUUACAAAUUCUUUCUGAAGGUCGUUUCUGUGUUGGGUAUCCUUCUGGAUUUUCUAUCUACAGCAUCUUAGGAGACCAUCAUCCUAUUUCAUUGGUCCAUUCUGAGAAUACUCUCUUAGGUUUUCUUACAUAUAGUGCUGUGGAUGCUUUACGUUGUAUUGAAUUGCCACGUGGUGAAUUUUUAUUAGUCUUCCAUACAUUGGCAGUUUAUGUUGACAGCCAAGGUAGAAAAAGUAGAGAUCGUGAAAUUAUGUAUCCCGCUGUUCCUACAGCAGUUAGUUAUUGUGAAGGCUAUUUAUUAGUAUACAGUGAGACUCACAUUGAUGUGUUUGAUUGUACAACUGGAGACUGGUUGCAAACACUUAAUGUAAAACGAGCACGACCACUAAAUACUUCAGGUUCUCUAACUUCUUGUAUCAUUAAUGAUAUGCCACAUGUUAUUUUUUUGAGUAAUUUACAUCAACGAGAACUACUUAAUUUAACGCCAUUAGAUCCAAGUGGUAGACAAAUGACAAAACCGCGAAGAAGAUUUUCAUUAAGAGAAGGAAAUAGGGCUAUUCGUCCCACUGAUAGACGUUCUAAAAUGAUAUCCGCUCCGACGAAUUUUAAUCAUAUUAGUCAUAUGGGUCCAGGUAAUGGAAUACAGACUUGCCUACUACACUCGAAACAGCUGAUCAACAACAUACCGGUCAUCACAGUAGUUCUCAUCUUCAUAGUAGCCAACAAAGAUUAUACAGUCCUGCAAUUCAAACAUCAAGUAAACCAGCACCAUUGCCUCCUAGGCACCCACCUUCUGAUACUCGACGUCUUAGUUCUCAUAUAUCUAGAAAUUCUGGAUAUUCGCCACAUAAUGGUUCAACAUCAUCACGUAGAGGACCGGCACCUCCAAGACCAACUGCUACUCCACCUUCAUUACCACGUACUCCUGUGGACCAAGUUGAUUCGGAAUCUGUGCAUCUACGAUCGCAUACUCCACUUUCUCUUGGUAGCAUUGCAUCUUUACAUGAUAAGGAACACACUUCUGGUGGAAGUCCUAGACAUUCAAUAGCUUCAAAUAACAGUUCAAAUCCAUCGACACCUCCAAGUCCUGCUCAUGAUCAUGGUUCAUCUUCAUAUGAUUCAUAAAAAUUAAUUUAAUAUUUUUCUCAACAUUAAUAACUUACUGUAAUCAUAUACAUUAUUUGAACAAUAAGAUUACAGUAUCUAUGAUAACAUUUUUACACAGAAUGAUAUUCGUGUUUGAUUUUUAGCUAGAAAGUUAUCGCAUUUCUUUUCUUUUUUUUAUUCUGUGCAAUAAAUUUUCUUAACUUUGUGCA